AUGGCGCCCCCUCCUCGAACUUAUGGGAAGAAGAAAAGUUUGCUUGGUCCCUUGGGCUCCCGAAAUCGAUCCAAGGCCUCGAUGACUGAUUCCCUUCCGGCUAAGAACCCCAGUCUUGGUUCACAAUCUGUGAACAUCUGCUCCGACACCGCGAAGCGAAACCCCCGGACGCAGAAUAAUGCCCAACCAAACAGCAUUGAGGAACUCGCGAGCGCCUUACUCGACGACAGCAGUUCAGAGCUACCAGCAAAAAAGAAUGUCAUAAGACAGGCAGAAAAAGACAUCCUCGGUUCCCCAACUUCUUCUCCUUCAGUCAUCGAAGACUCUACACCAGAAGUUGGAGAACAAGGAAUCAUCUCCCAUUCGCCAAGCUCAUUGAAGGAAAGAGCAACUAGCAUUAGUCGAGGACACCAGCUGGCUGCCCCGAGAAUUCAGAAAGCGUCUCCCAACAAUAGGUUUUCGAAAGCCUCAAGGCCUCGUGGAAACUCAACUUCAUCUCCUAAACGGAAAGAUUAUAGCUUGAUCCGCCCCUUCACAGACCCUGUGAAAAAGUCGACCAAUCGUUCCCCGUACUCUGUUGUGAAAGACACCGAAGCAGUUUGCCUUCUUCCUCACAACAUUAUGGAUGGGACUCCAAGAAUUCUCUUGCACAGCGAGUUGGCCAGAGAGGGCUGUGCUGUAGCGGCUGGUGCCGAUGAGAUUCAAGAGAAGGUAUGUGCCAUGUUGGCGGCGACGGACGCUCUAAAGCCAUCUCCUUCUCAACCGCGGAAGUCGCCCAUUGCCAAGAUGACUCGCAUGACUCCCUCAAGAGUGUUAGCCAAAGUGUCCAGUGCGUGGGACCGAUGGCAAGUGAAAUCGUCCAGUGGAGGAGCGAAACCGCGUGUCAAGCUCACGAAGCAGCCUGCUCAAGAAGACCCCCCUAAUGGUCCACUGACUUCUCACCCUGUGUUUGUAUCUCCUGCACUUCAAAGGACGUCUUUGAUCGACACCAUUGAGAUCCGUCUAAACGAGGGUGAUAAUCUCAAUAGAAAGAAAGUACAGCAAAUUGUGGGUGGUCGUGUAGCUCGCAAACCUGUUGCCAAUGACGGAAAGACCCUCAGGAGUGGCCGAUCCAUGGAUGAUGACCCUUUUGCUGAGCCUACUCUCUAUCGUAGCCCAAGUGCUAUUGAUAAACACCCUAAUAUGAAGAUUAUGGUUGGAUCCAAUACAGCAUCUCUGCUCAUCAUCGACCCCUUUGAAGCCGAAAAGGGAUUCGAGAAUAACCUCGAAGAUAGGAUCUUGAGUUCUUCCCCAGUCUGUGCAUCAACACCUCGGAUUCAUCUCCAUAGGGUUCAAACUCCCACGCUUGAGGAUAGUCUCGACGAACAGUGCUCCAAACUGCCGACUCAGAUUAGUCUAGAGAAGAUGACCACUGACUUGACUGUAUAUCAAUCGCAAGAAGCCAUUUCCUUCAGAAAAUCCCCAGAUCAGAGUGGGCAGAUGAGGCCGCUGCCAAACUCCGAUCGUAUGGCCGUUGAAUUGAUGCGGAGCGGAUCUUCUAUGGAUAUGUGCAAUGCACAAUGGACAAAGAAGCAUCCAUCCCCGAGCAAGAGAGAUCUAGAACAGCUUGAGAUAGCAUUUCGAUGCUAUAGCGAGCUCAAAAGGCGUGGUAUUGGUGAAGAAGCGGAUGAACUCGCGGCACAUUAUACACCUUCGACUCGAUAUUUGUCUCCCCGAGAUACCAACAGGAUGAUGAAGACUCGUGAGGAAGGCGGCAAACCAACAUCUGGCUGCGAAUCCCAGUCUCCUGCCAAGUCUCAGAUGCGACGCCCGACUGACGAUCUGAGGCAUCGUCAUCACAUUCGCCUUGCUCCCAUCUAUCGACCAAUGGUCCCACAAUCUGAUGAGGUUGAUGAGCUGCAGUAA